AUGCCUAUGAAUGAAAGCAAGGGGAAGACGAUUAGGAUACACAAUGGGGCAGAGGAGAACAAGGAAGCUUUGAAGAAGUCAAGAGGUGAAGACGAUGAAGAUUUUCAGAUAUUGGAAUAUCAAGCGCAGAAUGGGAAUGCUGAUGCUAUGUACAAAAUGGGACUAUUUUACUAUUUCGGAUUGAGGCACACAACAGACUCCCGACACAGAGUACUGAAAACCGAUACACUGACUCUUUCCUUUGUGCAGGCAAAAGAAUACUUUGAGAAGGCUGCUGAUAAUGAUGAUGCUGGUGGGCACUAUAACUUAGGAGUAAUGUACCUUAAAGGGAUUGGAAUGAAGAAGGACGUAAAGAUUGCUUGUAAAUGUUUUAUUGUGGCAGCUAAUGCAGGUCAACCAAAGGCAUUUUAUCAGUUGGCUAAGAUGUUUCAUACCGGUGUUGGGCUUAAAAAGAAUCUUCUUAUGGCUACUGCAUUAUACACUAGAUGGGCACUUGAAUCAUACCUAAAAGGUGACAUGGGCAAAGCAUUCCUCUUGUACUCUAGGAUGGCUGAACUAGGCUAUGAGAUAGCGCAGAGUAAUGCUGCAUGGAUCCUUGACAAGUAUGGUGAGCGCAGCAUGUGCAUGGGUGAAUCUGGGGUUUGCACUGAUGCAGAAAGGCAUCAACGUGCUCAUUCUUUGUGGUGGCAAGCUUCCGAGCAGGGUAACGAACACGCGGCAUUACUUAUUGGGGAUGCAUAUUACUAUGGCAGAGGAACUGUGAGGGAUUAUGAUUGUGCAGCCGAAGCUUACAUACAUGCAAAAUCCCAAUCAAACGCUCAAGCCAUGUUAAACCUGGGUUUCAUGCAUGAGCAUGGCCAAGGACUUCCAUUUGAUCUCCAUCUUGCCAAGCGGUACUAUGAUCAGGCACUAGAGUUAGAUCCUGCAGCAAAGUUGCCUGUCACACUGGCACUUGCAAGUUUGGGGGUACGGAAGAAUUAUGCUGGCAGUUUUUGGGUGAGUUACCCUUUGUGGUAUAUGUCCUCUUCUUGCCCCUCCUUACCCGAGCAUGUCUUUAAGAUCAAACUCUGUUCAAUCUUUAAUGCAAUUAUGUCCCAUUCUCUUUUUCCAAUCCUUACACUUGAACACAAGUAGGAACUUUUGGUUCACUGUUUUCCAUUAAUCAUCCUCAUUGUCUUACAUUCCUGUCUUACAAAAUGAAAUGAUUGGUACUCAUUCCUUUUACCACACAAACUUUUACCUGUAUAACCAGAGCGUAGCUUAACAUCUUCUAGCCCUCUGAGGGCAGCUUGGCAGUGUAAAGAUAUUGAUAAUGAAUGUUAUGUCCUUGGCUCUUGAUUGGCUCCUUGAGCGGUGAUCAGAAAGUUCUGCUAAAAAGAGUUCAUGGAUCUCGAAAUUAUAUUUAUACUGGUUAGUGUAGUUAGGUCUUCUGAUUUGUUGGUUUUUUGUUCUGAUUAGGUCCAGAUAAUCGAUUCCCUUCCUGAAGUUUAUCCUAGAGUGGAAGCAUGAGUGGAGAAUGUGAUCAUGGAGGAAGGGAAUGCAACAAUAUUGACUGUCUGUUUACUCACUGUUAUAUACCUUCGUGAGCGGCAAUGCAGGCAUGCUGUUGCUCUUGCAGGGGCUCACGAGCCUGAUGAGCAUGUUGUAGCCGCUGCUGGACGCUAGUUUUCGGUUGUGGUGAUUCAGAUUAGAUGUGUUUCCGGAUGAGUCAUCUGAAAAGCAAGUUAAAACAUCCAUAGCAAAAUGUAUACAUCUCGGCUCCUUUGAUAUUGUUCUAGAGAGCACCUACAUUGUACCAUAGAGAAUAUUUGAGCUGGGAAGAAUUAACG